CACACGCACACGCACAAGCACAAGCACAAUGGCAGCCUCUCUUCCUACCACCAGUCCGUCGUCAUAUCUACACUCCAGAACUGGAGUUCCUCGGCCUUCCCUCAGCUGUGGAAGCAAGGUUUUUGUAGGGUUAAGGCUUCAAUCUCCAAAUUCUUGGGGAAGUGCAAAACCCAACCUGAAUGUUGAAUUUUACAAUAAAGUACAUAGGAGUAUCGAAUCCAGGACUUGUGAUGGUAAAGCAACACGAGCCCGAGUUGCAAUGAUGCCUAUAGGGACGCCAAGAGUGCCCUAUAGAAAUCCUACUGAAGGAACCUGGCAAUGGGUUGAUAUAUGGAAUGCCCUUUAUCGGGAACGUGUUAUCUUCAUUGGGCAAAAUAUAGAUGAAGAAUUUAGCAACCAAAUACUGGCAACAAUGUUGUACCUUGAUAGUAUCGAAUCUUCCAGACGGCUGUAUAUGUACAUCAAUGGUCCCGGUGGAGAUCUUACUCCAAGCAUGGCUAUUUAUGAUACAAUGCAAAGCUUGAAAAGUCCUGUUUGCACCCACUGUGUGGGAUAUGCUUAUAAUUUGGCAGGGUUUCUUCUUGCUGCUGGUGAAAAGGGUAAUCGCUUUGCAAUGCCUCUUUCAAGAAUUGCAUUACAAUCUCCAGCUGGGUCUGCUCGUGGUCAGGCUGAUGAUAUUCGUAAUGAAGCAGAUGAGCUUCUCAGAAUCAGAGAUUACCUUUUCAGAGAGUUGGCUCAGAAGACGGGCCAGCCCGAGGAUAAGAUUCACAAGGACUUAAGCCGGAUGAAGCGCUUCAAUGCUCAGGAAGCUCUCGAAUAUGGGCUUAUUGAUCGUGUAGUUAGGCCACCCCGUAUCAAGGCAGAUGCACCACGUAAAGAUGCUGGAACUGGUCUAGACAUUUACUGUAUGAUACCUGCCAGAGAAAACGAUGUCGUGGUAUCUAAUCAGGUGGUUUCUUAUUAUCUCCCAAUGCUAAAAAUGGCAACUGGCAUAGAAUAUUGGCUGUGCAUCUUGAAGUUGGGUAUGGCUGGUCAAGUUUUCUAGCAUAUUGGCAUCUUGCAAUGAACCAGUACACUUGACAAGGGAUAUUCUCCUGUACUUGGUCGGCUCUGCUCCGGGAGACCCGAGCUGGGAUGAGAACAAAACCCAGUUCGAAUCAGGCAACUAGAGCCAGAGGGCCGACGUUUUGAAUGAUCAGCAAAACCUAAUCGAGAUAUCAUACAGGUGUGGUGAUGAUUCUCUUUUUUCUCGAGGAAGAAUUGUCAUAAAUAUGCGUCUUCUGAACUAAUGGAUGCGAUGCAAAUAUAGGAUAUACAAAUUAUACCUACAUUAAUUAAACUCAUUUUAUCGGAAAACAAGACACAA